UCCAAUUAUGAAGACAUGCUGUAUUCUCAAUAAUGUAGGUACAUAGAUAACAAGGUACUGGUGCACCUUCUAAAAAAUAUUGUUUCACGAUGGGGGUUGAAGUAUAUCUCUUGUUUUGUCUUGUGUUUAUAUUCAUUAUUUCAUUUUGUGGCCUCUUACAGAAGAUUAGACAGUCAUAUGAAAGGGAAAGAAUUAUAGCAGCACGAUUUCGAGCGGAGAGACUAGCCCGGCAACGUUCAACUCAAGUAGAAAACUCAGAUGCUUAUAUUAACAGGACGUUCGUUGAGGAGUUUGAUUCCUUUUCCGGAGUUUUCCCGACAGCCCCACCACCUCCUUAUGCACAUAUAGAACAGCCUCCAAAAUAUGAAGAUAUAGUAAAAACCCAACCUGAGAUAACCGUCAGAUAUGAUGCAGCGCAAGAAAGAACAGUAGUGAAUAUUCCAGAUCCUCCCCCUUACACAAUUUCUACAUAAAAUUGUAAAGAAUUAUAAUUAUUGAGAUUAUACAAUUAUUUUUUAUAAUUCUGAGAUCUUAUAAAGCUGAGAUCCAACGGAACGUGACGUGGCACGCCAAGAGAAAAUAUGUAAUAGAAAAAGAUAAAAAUUAAAGACAUGAAUCAACGCAAUAGUCCAAGUAAUGAAGCUUAAAAUAGGACAAAGCCACGGAAUUUUUAGAGAAUGGAUCGAUUUGCUUGAAAAUUUGAGAAUAGGUAAUGGAUAGUCCAAGGAUCAAAAUCUACAUGAUGUCGAAAGGCGCUUUUACCAUGGGGGUGGUUGCCACCCCAUCUAGGGGAUGGAAAUUUUUUAUUAUAUUUUGACCGCAAAUGUUGGUAAAAACAUUCAUUCUAAGCAAAAAACGUUUUAUUCAUUUUUUUGAUAAAAUUAAAAGUUUUCAAUUUAUUCGCUAUCGAAAGUGUUAAUUUUAUAACGAAAAAACCAUUGCCUGUCUGCUAAUAACUCCAAAAGUUUUCGUUUUCUCAAAAUAACUUUAUUUAACAAAAAUGUACUUUUUAAAAAAAUAAACAGAAGAGUUUUUUUUUAAUUUCCUUUAAGACCAAUAGUAAUCGAGAUAUACUCGAGAUAUUAUAUGUUAGCUCUUCUUCGUCAAAUGCUAAAUAUUGUUGUUUCAAAGUCAAAAGACGGGAAAGCUAUGCAAUUUUCGAGUAUAACUUGUUCAAACUAAUUUAAAGUAUUUAAAAAUAUCUAUCUUCAGAAAUAAAAAAAGUAUCUAGCUUAAAAAUUAAGUGACUUAGAAUGAAAAGAAUGUCAGUCCCUAUUUUUUUUUCAGCGAAAAAGUGAUCGGAAGCAACCUCCUAAUCACCACCCUAAUUAAAAUUAGUCAUUGACCUUAUUUGGUCUUCCUAUUUAUGUAUUAUUAAUAGGAUCUAGAAGUUUGAGCGGCUUAUAAUGAUUAGUUUUUAAAAAAAUGGAGUUAAAAGCGAAUAACGAAUUUUUGUAGUUUGGAAAAAUGACGUUUUCUUCAGAAUAGAAAGAUUAGCAUCAGAGAUACGAAAAAAUGUUUAAAUAUGAAAUUGUAGCUUGUUUAAUUUUCAAGAACUUGGUUUGCAAAAUUUUUUUCUACGGUAAAAAUUAAGUGAUGUGUUGACAAUUAAAACUUGUAAUAACAUGCAAAAACCACCUUUACUAACCCUUUCAAAGUCACCUCUUUUUGCUACUCAGUAUUUUAAAAAGAUUUAAUAAUAGUAGGCUUAUAGAUCUUGUAAAAUCAUCUUCUUCUUCAGGUGCCAUCUCCGCUACGGAGGUUGGCAAUCAUCAUAGCUAUUUUAAUUUUUGAGGCAGUAGCUCUAAAUAGUUGUUUUGAGCUGCAUCCAAACCAUUCUCUGAGGUUCUUCAACCAUGAAAUUCGUCUUCUUCCGAUGCUUCUUCUGCCAUCUAUCUUUCCCUGCAUUAUGAGUCGUAGGAUGCCAUACUUAAAUAAAGAGUACAGUAAUAAGAGGAGUAAAAUCAUACAAAAUUCUUUUUUACCAAACUUUCCAAGAUAAAAAAUAAAAAAGUUACGGUUAAAAAAUCGAUAUAUUUUUUUGAAAAAAUAAGGGGAAAUCCAAUUGGAAGCAUAAUAUUGUAAGUUAGCGGCGUUUUUAGUCAUUGGCCUCAGUCAUUCUUCUUUAUUUAUGCACUGAUAAUAGAUUCUAGAAGUUUGACUGGCUUAGACUGACUAGUUUUAAAAAACUGGAGCUAAAUCCGAAUAACGAAUUUUUGUAGUUUGGUAAAAAAUGCCAUUUUCUUCAGAAUAUAAAGAUUAGCAUCAGAGAUACAAGAAAAUGUUUAAAUAUGAAAUUGUAGGUUAUUUAAUUCUCCGGAACUUGGUAUAAAAAAAAUUUUUCUACAGCAAAAAUUGAGUGAAUCGUAAAUGAGUAUUAUCGAAAUACAUUGAUUUUUUCGAUAUAAAACUAACACUUUCGAUAACGAAUAAAUCGAAAACUAUUGAUUUUAUCAAAAUAAUGUAUAGAACAUUUUUUGCUUAGAAUGAAUGUUUUUAUCAAAUUUUGCGGUAAAAAUAUAAUAAAAAAUUUCCACCCUCGAAAUGGGGUGGCAACCACCCCCAUGGUAAAAGCGCCUUUCAGGAUUAUAUAUAUUUUGAUCCUUGGACUAUCCACUACUUAUUCUCAAACUUUCGAGCAAAUCGAUCCAUUCUGUAAAAAUUGCGAGGUGAAAAGCUUCGGUUCCUGGACGACAACGUGCAAUAGCGUUAUUACCCUCAAUAUUUGAGAUUUGCAAUGCUUGGGCUAGGACAGAACUAUUUAUGGUCGGCGUGGAUCUGCGCGAAGUCUUCUGUCGUUUAUCGGUAAAUGAACAUGGUUCAAAGGAAGUCAGAAGCUGAUACAGACUAGGUACAUACUCCUCCAACCCUUUUAACUCUGCUAGGAACAAUCAGUGCCUUGGUAAUUUUACUAUGGAGUGGUCUAGCGACCGACGUUCUGUUUGAAUUUUUAUCAUCGUGUAAAUUAACCAACUAACUAAAAUUUCUACCGCCAACACUGGUGGUGCACCCUCGAUAUUAGAGGGGAUACGUUCCAUCGAAAUGGUCCGAUCAUAUUUAUCAAAAUGUAAAUGUUUAUUAAUCUCAGAAUAAUAUGGGGCGUUAACUGUGCUCUCUUUUCUUUUCACCAUUAUCUAUUUUCUAUUUCUCUUUGCCAACGUGAACUGGCAAAGAGUGCCACGCCACAUUCUAUGGGAUCCCGUCUUAAUGCAGAUUAUUAUUUUUCUUAUGCAAACAUAUUUAUUUUAAUAGUAUUUAAGGUAGGUUUAAUAAUAACAGCAAUGACUAUUGUAUUACGUAGAUAUAUAAUAUAUUCUUUAAGUUCUGUAGAUACAAUACGAAAUGUGCAGGUAGCUAUUAUUGUUUUUUGUUUUUUGGUACAAAAUAUUUUAAAUUACUUCUAACAACAUAAAUAUAUAAUGAGGAUUCCUUUUAGAGAAAAGAAGUAAAAAGAAAUACUUCGCACAGAUUUAUAGGUGUGCUUUAUCAGUUCUUCAUCAAUUAUACGUUAAUGGUCUCGAUUUAACAAUGAUGUAAGUACUCUUUCAGACUAAGACAGUCUGAGACCGAUGUGCGCCCCCGGUUUUCAAUUGCCCCAAAGCAUUGGUAAGCCACUAAAAUCAGCCAGACACUAGGAAGUGGCUCGUCUGUAGUCGUUCAUUUAAAACCAUGCUUUGCUGCAAUUUGGCGGACACCGGUGUCAGACACCAGUGUCUUAGUCAGAAAGGGUACUAAAUCUCCAUACCUAUUCAAAAGUAGAUAAUACAAAUAUUUCAUCAUCAUUCUCUUUGCCUUAUUCCUAUGCGGGGCCGGCUUCCCUAGUUGCAUUUCUCCACACAAUUCUAUCUUGGGUCAUAUCAAUGUCAAUCCCCUUUACCAACAUGCCCUGCCUUAUCGUCUCCCCCCAGGUCUUCUUUGGUCUUCCUCUCCUACUCCUUCCAGGAAUCUGCACUUCAGCUAUUCUUCGUAUUGGGUGAUUAACGUCUCGACGUUGAACAUGACCAAACCAUCUUAACCUAUGCUCUCUCAUUUUGGCAUCAAUUGGUGCCACACCUAGACUUCCCCUAAUAUACUCAUUUCUAAUUUUAUCCUUCUUUGUCACUCCACUCAUCCAUCUAAGCAUUCUCAUUUCCGCUACAUGCAUUCGUUGUUCCUCUUUCUUCUUCACUGCCCAACAUUCAGUUCCGUACAUCAUAGCCGGUCUUAUGGCUGUUUUAUAGAAUUUUCACUUCAGCUUCAUUGGAAUUUUUCUGUCACACAACACACCACUCGCUUCUUUCCACUUCAUCCAUCCAGCCCUAAUUCUACUGCAUGCAUCUCCAUCUAUUUCUCCAUUACUCUGUAAUACCGAUCCCAGGUAUUUAAAACUAUUGCUUUUUACAAUCAGUUCACCAUCCAAAGAUACCAUUUUAUUUGUAGUAAUUCCAUCUUUAAAUAAACAUUUCAAAUACUCUGUUUUUGUCCUACUAAGUUUUAAACCUUUUUCCUCCAGAGCUUGCCUCCACUGUUCCAGUUUUUGUUCUAAGUCUCUUUCGCUAUUUCCUAUUAACACGACAUCAUCAGCAUACAUUAAGCACCAUGGAAUGUUAUCCUGUAGUUUCGCUGUUAUCUGGUCCAAAACUAAUGAGAGUAAAUACGGACUAAGCACAGAGCCUUGGUGCAAUCCUACUUUCACAUGAAAUUUAUCAGUCUCUCCACACCUGUCCUAACACUAGUCGUUACUCCCUCAUACACAUCGCUCACAAUCUUUACAUAUUCACCAGGGACUCCUUACUUAUUUAGUGCCUACCACAGAAUCUCUCGAGGAACUCUAUCAUAAGCUUUCUCAAGAUCAAUGAAUAUCAUAUGAGCGUUUGUUUCUUUACUCCUGUAUUUUUCCAUCAACUGCCUUAUAAUGAAAAUUGCAUCUGUUGUUGAUCUGACCUGCAUAAAGCCAAAUUGAUUCUCGCCAAUUUCGGUCUCUUUACUUAUCCGUCUAUCAAUUACUCUUUCCCUAGAUAAUACAAAUUUCCUCUAGAUAAUACAAAUAUUUAUUUAAUUAAAAUACAAAUCUAAGUUAACAUCCUCCUUCUCUAUCUUUUAUCCUUCGUAAGGAUGUAGUGGCGUCAUGUAAUUUGUUUGACUAUUUCUGUCCAAUUAUUUCACUCCUGUGUGUGUUGUUUUGCUUCGGAGAAUGAGUAAACAGUGAUGCCUUUUAUUUGGUACGACCAUCGUACUGGAAAUCUUCCUCUGGAUCUUUUUCCCUCUACGUUGCCUUUAACUCUCAUUCGUUCUUUGCCUGCUCCUCUUCUAGUUAUAUGUCCAAAAUAUCUCAGUACAUUUUGGUUGAUAGUUAUUGUGAGUCUAGUUUUUAUGUUAAGUUUUGUUAGUAUUGAAUUAUUUUGUGCGAUGUGUGGUCCAUGGUAUGCGCAACAUUCUACGGUACACCUACAUUUCAAAUGCCAUUAUACGCUUCAGAUCGGCUUUUUUUAUGGUCCAAGUUUCUGAAGCGUAGGUGGCGAUAGGAAAUAUUAAUGCUCGAACAAGGCUUAAUUUUGUUUUGUAAUGUCAGUGUUCUUCCAUGUUUUUUUGAAUUUGACUGUUGCCGAUCUCACCGUUGUGAUGCGUCGAAGGUCUUCGCAUCUUGCCACUUUGUAAGCUACCUUGCUUCUUAUUUCUGUUUGGUUGUUUCUGAUUCUAUCAAUGAUCAUUACUUUGGUUUUCGGUAUAUUUAUUUUCAAACCAUAUUCCGUACUCACCCUACCUAGCCUGUUCAUAAUUUGCUCCAGUUCUUCUGGUGAAGACGCCAAUAUAACAAUAUCAUUAGCAUAACGUAGGUUUUGAUUUUUCUUUCCCCUAUAUUUGACCCACUUUGCCAUUCCUUGCCAGUUAAUAUACAGAUAUUAAAAAAUUUCAAUUGAUAUAUUGGAGAAAAAAAAGAGUCGCAAAAAAUCCUCGGUACAAUAAUUAUUUUUUAAUGUCAUAGACAUAUGAAAUUAUAAUGUUAUAUUAUUGUUAACAUUUCCGUUGCUCAAAAGCAAUACGCGUUAAAUCCAAAGAUGCAACUUUCGAGAAAACAGCAAAAAAACUUUUGUUGCUUCUUAUCUGUUUAAGCUUUAAGUUUAAGUUUAAGUAAACUAAAUUAAGUAAAAAAAAACUACUUGUUACAUAGGUACUAAAGGCAUUGGUUUUUACUUUAAAAGCGACUUUUACCUGUUUUGCUUUUGAAAUUUGGAUUUUUGCUUUUAUGUUGGAUUCUGAGCAAUUUGCACAUUAUUAGUAAAAAAUUUUUGUUCCAUUUUAAAUUUGUAUAUAGUAUUUUGUAUAUAAAAUAGUAUAUAAAAGUAAAGAACGUCGUUUACUUUAUUUAAAAAAUAAAUGUCAUUUCUAUUGUUAAUGAUCAUCAUGACAAUCAUUAGAAUCUUGAAAAGUUAGUGUUUCUUCACUUUUGUCAUACACAUAUAUAGCAUAAUUAAGUACUAUAUCAGACAAUUGUGUCAACAACUCACUCAUGCAUUCAAGGGCGUUUUCUUAAAACUGCAAAAGUAUACGCCAGACCUAAGUGAUUUAUUGUCAUCUGGUCAGAGGGAAGAAACAUAAACAGAUUAUCGUUGUGGUUUCCUUUUUAGUCACGACACAGCUGGUGAACGAUUCACACACCAAUCAUUCGGCUUUUUUCCGAAACAAAGCGCAAUACCCUUUGUUACCAAAAUAAAUAAAAUAUUUACCGUUCGUUUUGUUACAUUCAUUUCAAUCAAUUCCGUCAACAUCACCACCGGAAUAUUGUGAAGGGGGUAUACAGCAUUACGCUAUAAAUACUAUUUCUGCUAAUUUUAUUUUUUCUUAAUUUUAAUUAUUAUUUCUCAAAAUCGAAACGACGUUAGUCAUUCAAAAUUCACAUGCAAAUAAAAACGGAAUGUAUCCUUCAAGAUCUGUUUUCCGUUUGUGCGGUGUAACAAACUGCACCCUCAUAAAUUAAGUACUACAUCAGACAAUUGUGUCAACAACCCACUAAUACAUUCAAGGGCGUUUUCUUAAAACUGCAAAAGUAUACGCCAGACCUAAAUGAUUUAUUGUCAUCUGGUCAAAGGGAAGAAAUAUAAACAGAUAAUCGUUGUGGUUUUCUUUUUAGUCACGACACAGCUGGUGAACGAUUCACACACCAAUCAUUCGUCCCUUUUCCGAAACCAAGCGCAAUACCUUUUGUUACCAAAAUAAAUAAAAUAUUUACCGUU